AUUGAAUGGUCAAUAAAUCUACACGCGACACAGUACAUUGUGGGCCGAGAACUAUCCUGAGUGUGGGCCUAGGCAUAGUUUGUUUGAAGAUUAUCGGGAUUAUUGUACAGAGGGUUGGUCAGCAGACGCAGAUGAGAAGAGUGGGACACUGUUUACAGAUAAUCAUGGCUCAAUUUAUAUCUUCAGUUUCUAUAUUUUGCACUGUUAUAAUUUCGUAUUACAUGGCUACACCAGGUAGUACAGAACUUCGAUCGUUUCUAGCUUCAGAAAAGACUUACGACGAGUUGUACCAAGAGGGUAUGAAAGCCUAUUCAAGUGAGAAUUGGAAGGAUACCAUAACCUUCCUUGAAAACGCUAUCACAGAAUUCAAAUUCUAUCGCAACCAGUUGACAUCUUGUCGUAUUAAGUGCAACAAUGUUUCAAAAGUUUCCUUUCCAAAUUCUAAUGAAUUGACUGAGCUAACUUUCUUUGAAAGUGUGUUCUUCCAAGCGGACUGUCUACGCAGAUGUAAGUUUCAAAAUCUUGGAAAUCGACCCGAGACGUUGAAUCAAGAGGUUACAGAAAAGUUUUUGGGAAAAAUUCCAUACAGUUAUUUACAGUUCGCAUACUAUAAGAACUUCCAGUAUUCUAGUGCUAUAUCAGCAGCGUAUACCUACCUUCAGGCUAACCCACAAGACGAAGUGAUGAUAAGUAACUUGGAGUAUUAUGAAUCAAUAUCAUCAAAUAAAGACUCAUUUGUGGAUUUAGAAGAAGAGCCACACCAGGCGCAUUUUCGCAGAGGUUUGAAGUAUUACCGGACACAAAACUGGACGGGGGUCAUAUACGAGAUGGAGGAGGCCCUCAGUGCCUACUGGAUAGCAGAUCUCGAAUGCCGGGCACUGUGUGAAGGGAAAUAUGAUGAUCGUGACUUUCUCGAUCUUUACGAAGCAAUAUCUAACCACUAUGCAUCCACAUUACAUUGUAAAGAGGGUUGCGAAGCUGUACUAGCAACAUUGGAAGAAGAAAAUUAUGAGAAUUAUUUACCGCAACAUUUCCAUUUCCUGCAGUUUGCAUAUUUUCAAGUUGAAGAUAUAACGCAUGCUACUCAGAAUGCUCUUUCCUUCUUGCUGUUCUCACCGGAUGAUGAGAUUAUGAAGUCCAACAUGAGGUACUAUUUAAAUGAAGGGAUAGAUGCUGAGGAUAUUCGUCCUCGUGAAGAUGCUGAAAGGUACCACUCUCGAGUCAUGAUGGAGAAGAAGAUGCUAGCCUUUGCUCGUUUGAGGUUCUGGGGUGAGGAUGACGUUGUAUACAAUGACCCUUUGGAGAAGCCCUCUGUCACAGAAUACAUGGAUGAAGACGAUAAUAACAAAGAAAUAGAAGAAUUGAUUCAGAGAGGGAAGGAGUUGGAAAAGUUAAAAGAUAAAUAUAAGUUCAAUGAUGAAGAAGAUGAAAGUGAUGAAUAUGUGGAGACCGAUGAUACACAUGAAAGAAGUAACAAUGAUGAUGAUAAUAUAGAAGAUAAAGAGAAAAACUUGGAUGAAGAAAAACCAAACACUAGUGAUGAAGAAACAGAUGUUAAUGAUGUAGCAGAUAAAAGCAUAACAGAUAACGGUCAUUUUUUAGAUGAGCGUCCCGCUCCACCCACCGAGGUUGAGCGGGAUGAUCAAAGAACUACAAGUAACAAUAUUAAAGAAGAUAAAGAUAAAAAUGAUGCAGUGAUAAUUCCAGAAUCAGAAAAGACUAAAAGUAGUCGGAAAAAAAAGCAAGUACGCAAGGCUGUGGCAUUGCUGGAUGGCAUGAAGAUUACUAGAGACGAAGCCUCGUUAAGAGGGAAGAACCGUGUCGUAGCAGACAAAUUAACGAGUCAAGAUGAGUGCAAAUUAUUACUGGACCUUGCUCAGACGUAUGCCUACCCAGGGGACGGGUAUCAAGGCAACCUCCACCCUCACAGUUCACACGAAUCUUUUAAAGGUAUCGAUAUUUUGGAGGUGGUUCUUUUUGCACGGGCCAAGAAGAUUCCUCAUGCUAUGGCUCAAGCUUACUUGGAUCUGAGUGAGCGUGCUAGGAUGUUUACAGAGUCGUACUUCAAUUUAACAAGGCCUUUAUAUCAUUCUUAUACACACCUUGUCUGCCGAACAACUGAGCCAGGUGCUCCGGUGGAUCGUAAAGACCUAAGUCAUCCUGUGCAUGCUGACAAUUGCCAGCUGGAUGAGAAUGGUGAUUGUCACAAGGUGCCCCCUGCAUUUGUCUGGAGAGACUGGAGUGCUAUCACAUAUCUAGGGGAUGACUUUGAGGGUGGAGAUUUUAUUUUUUCAAGUAAUAAAUUGCAGAUUCAGUCAAAAGUCAAACCAAAAUGUGGACGUAUUGUCGCAUUUUCUGCAGGUGAAGAAAAUUUACACGGCGUUUUACCAGUUUUAAGCGGGCGUCGCUGUGCAAUGGCAUUAUGGUUCACGCACGAUCUUCGUUACAUGGAGUUGAAUCGAUACAAAGCACAGAAAAUCCUUUCAAAUAUGAAAGAGGAGAUGAAUCGGAAAACAGAAUUAUGAAGCUGUUUAAAAAUGAAUGUUGUUUUAUUUAGUGUAUGAUGAGCAUAUAAGCAAAGUGAGGUAUGAACACUGGAUUUUUAUAUCUGUGAAAAAUGGUCAGUUAACAGUGAUGCUUUGGGAAUGUAUAUGCUGGCUCAUUUGAUUCUACAGGUAGCCUUAACUGGGUUCCCUCGGCCUAGUGUUGUUAAUUGCUCCUGGCUUUAAUGAGGUCGUAUCUGCACACACUGCACUAUGCAACAUUUUAUUUUCUUAUGCCUCAGUCAUCAAAAUGUUGUCAUUCUCUUGAUGCCAAACACAAUAUCUGCAGCCUUGGAGUUGUUUUUUAAUUAUUAUAUUUUUUUAAAAUUAAUUUUUUUAACGAUUUUUAUAGACGGUGACCCUUUUACCCUCUUAAAGAUAUGAACUAGUUUAUAUGUCAAUCAUGACAUCAUUACAUUUACUGCAAUUUGAUUUUCCUAAACCUACAUAUGAUACGGCAACAACACAUGCCCAGUGGAGGAUCCUAAAUUUUUCAAACUGGGUGGGGGUUGGGCACAAUAUUUUUAGAAUAAUUAUUUCAAUACAUAACAUUUAUACGCAUUGAAAUUUUAAAAUUUAGUGCUCCCUACUGGAUCCACGUCUGGCACAGAUUGCCUCUAAUUAGCUACAAACAUCUUAGCGCCAGUUACACCUCAAUGCAGUGGUAAUGGUUCGAGUAUGCAUGAGAAAGAAGCAAACCUAAAAACAUGAAAUUGGUUUUCUGAAGAGAUGAAUUUAGGAAGUUCAUAGAUUCUAAGGAACCCAAAAUACAAGUGCAGACAAAGGAGAAAAUAAAAAUAAAAUUUUAUUGGUGAAUGUAAAAUAGGAUGUACAGAAAAGAUAAAACAAUGAAUAAUUAUAAUUCAUGUUAGGAACAGCUUAAAUUAGAAAAAUAUCUAUGGCUCAUUGAAAGCUGACUGUCCCAAAGAGUAAUUACAAAUUUAGAUAUUAUACAAAAUAAAAACAUAGCAAGGGAUUCAAAAUCCAGUACAAAAAGCACAUUUCAUAUUAGCUGAAUUAAUCAUAAUUAUUUUUAUGAAUAAGGCAAGAUUUUUUUUCCUUGUUUUGCAUAUUUUUUUUAAAGAUUAUUGGAGGAGGGUGGAAUAAAAAUGUUAGUAAUUGAUUGAUGUUCCACAUUGAACAUGCAUGCUUCAUGUUGAUGCUCCCCAAGGAACAUGCAUACUAUACAUUGAUGUUCCCCAAGGAACACGCAUACUACACAUUGAUGUUCCACAAGGAACAUACAUGUUUCACAUUGAUGUUCAACAUGAAACUUCUUUGCUGCAGCUUAACAUUGAUGCUGUACAACAACAUGCAAACCUCAUAUUGAUGUUCCUAAAGGAACAUUCUACACAUUGAUGUUCCACAAGGAAAAUACAUGGUUCUUGUGGAUGUUCCACAGGGCACAUAACAUGGUUCAAAUUGAUAUUUUAAAAAAGAUGUUGUUUUCUUAUUUAGCCAAUAGUUUUGCCAAAAUCAUCCAGACAAAGGAGAAAAUAAAAAUGAAAUUUUAUUGAUGAAUGUAAAAUAGGAUGGUUAAAUUCUUCAAAUUUAUAUAAUUAGGAAGAAAUAUACAUAUCUUAUCUUUGGAGAUUUCAAGGCAGCGGACGGCGUAAUAAAAAUAAAGAAAAUAUAUGUAUUUAAAAAUGUACAAUACAAGGUUGUAAGAAUUGUCAUUCAAACAAGCGGUAUUGUUUAAUUUGGUGCUACCAACUCAAUGUGUUUUAAUUAAAUUUAUGCUUAAAUCUAUAUUUGUGCUGAUUCAUAAAAAGCUGUUGUUUGCAUUUGCUUUUGCACUCAGGGGUUUUUAACAAUAUUUAAUAAUUAGUAUACUUUAAAAUGUUUGCUUUAACAAUUUUGUUGGUGCUAUACUUUGUAAAUUAGCAUAGUGUAUUUAUAUUUAAACAAAAAUUAUUUUCUACCCAAAAACAUUUUUUUUUAUAGUUGCCAUUUCUUGUAUCCAUAUUUUAUAUUAGGAUUUUUGUAAGAAAAAAAAAAUUUUAUUGUAAGAGUAGAAUAUUUCACAAGUGCAAGUUGAUGAUUUUGAGAAUAAACAUAGAACACGGAUAAGAAAAUCCAUCACGG